AUGGACUUCCUCAAAUCCGCCGUCGCGUCCGCCAUCGCCAAGGGUAGCUCGUUCCCCUAUUCGCUCGGUGACAGAGUCGACAUUUCCGAUUCGAUAUGGACCCUUCAUAAUGCCACCAAACGGGAGGACGGUUCGUCGUGCAGCAUAUUCACCUUUGACAUCGCCGCCAACAAGUCUCGUCUGCCCCUGGCCAAGAAUGCGGUGCGAAAAUCGCGAACGUUACGGCACCCGGGCGUUAUCAAGGUUCUGGAUACUAUUGAGACAGAGUCGAAUAUCUACAUCGUGACCGAACGUGUCGUCCCGCUGUCCUGGCACGUCAAGCGCAGGAGCCUGGGUGAGGAAAUCUCCAAAUGGGGAUUACAUACCGUGGCGACUACCCUGAAGUUUAUCAACGAGGAUGCUGCGUCUGUCCACGGAGUCGUGAGAGCCUCGUCUGUGUAUGCUAGCGAAAGUGGCGAGUGGAAGCUGGGCGGUUUCGAUGUCUUGAGUUCCAUGAAUGACGAAGAAGCGGUUAUAUAUACAUACGGAAGUCUCGUACCCGACGCCGCUCGCUAUACACCUCCGGAGGUCGUCAAAGGUGGGUGGGAUAUCAUCAAACGUCACCCGUUAACGGCGAUCGAUGCCUACGGACUGGGCAUUCUCAUAUACGAGGUCUACAAUGGCAACUUCACCGGAGGGGAUCAAGUGGGUAAAACGACGAACAUUCCGCCGACCAUACAUCAAAGUUACAAGCGACUGUGCACAGCCAACCCGAAACUACGACUCAGCCCGGCGCAUUUUGUCGAACAAGGAAAGAAGACUGGCGGUUUCUUCCAGACCCCGUUGAUUCGGUUGACCGAUGAUGUAGACAGCUUGGGGCUGAAGACAGAGGCGGAACGGGAGGAUUUCAUCAAUGAACUGGACAAUCUUUCCGAUGAUUUCCCGGAGGACUUCUUCAAGAUGAAAGUGCUUCCAGAGCUAUUAAAGUCGGUCGAAUUCGGCGGUGGCGGCCCGAAAGUCUUGAGUGCACUGCUGAAGAUCGGGGCGAAGCUGUCUCAGGACGAGUACAACUCCAAGCUAACGCCCGUCAUCGUUCGACUGUUUGGGAACCCCGAUCGAGCACUACGAGUGUGUCUCCUGGAUAACCUGCCAUUGAUGAUUGACAAUCUCCCUCAGAAGAUCGUCAACGACAGGAUCUUCCCGCAAAUUACGUCUGGAUUCACCGACAUUGCCCCAGUGGUCCGAGAGCAGACCGUCAAAGCUGUAUUAGUCAUUAUUGUCAAGCUCAGUGACCGGACUAUCAAUGGCGAGCUGCUGAAAUUCCUAGCUCGGACUGCCAACGACGAACAGCCCGGCAUCCGUACGAAUACCACAAUCUGUCUUGGCAAAAUCGCCAAAAAUCUAGGCCAAGGUUCGAGGAGCAAGGUCCUCAUCGCUGCCUUUACUAGAUCUCUUCGGGAUCCCUUCGUCCAUGCGCGAAAUGCCGGCUUGCUCGCCUUGGGUGCAACGAUUGAAUUCUUCACCGACGAGGAUUGUGCAGGCAAGGUUCUUCCUGCGCUGUGUCCUUCCCUUCUAGAUAAAGAGAAAUUUGUUCGGGAUCAGGCGAAUAAAACAUUCGACCUGUACCUGCAGCGGAUUCGGAAAGUCGGUAGCAAUAUGGCCGACACCGCGUUACCGCCGUCAUCGUCUAGUCCCGACACCACCAAAGAUACCGCUCGUAUUGGAACGUCAAAUGACAAGUCCUGGGCCGGAUGGGCCAUCUCUUCCUUCACAAAUAAGAUCACGACGGCGAACGGCGAGAUUCAACCCACGGCGAACGGGGCCAAACCGGCGGAGGUUGAGCCCGCUCGUCCCGCGUCUGUCCCUCGUGUCACGAAGCCAUCUCCGUUGGCGAAAGAGACCUUACGACCCACACCUCAGCCAUUAAAUCGAUCUCUCUCGGAGCAACCGACUGCGAUCACUCAAGAGGACGAACCGGAUGAUGUCUACGAUGCUUGGGGUGCGAUGGAAGACGACGAGGAUGACCAGGGACAAUGGAAAGAUACCGAUCCGUUCAGUCCUGCGACGACCACGGCCUCGUCAACCAGCUUCACCCCGGCGGCGCCUAAAUCAGCACCCGUACCUUACGAUGACGGGGGAGAACCGGACUUUGCUGGCUGGCUCGCUGCGCAGUCCAAGACCAAGAAACCACUACCAAAGGGUCUAAACAAGACAGCAUCGAACACGUCAGUUUCCCGCACGGCCAGUCGGAGUAGUUCCAGUAAACCGAAGACCGUUACCCCGGCUCCUGCAAAGAAAAUCGACACCAAACCGAAGGACGAGGAAGUGGAUGAUGAUUGGGGCGACGCUUGGGAUUAA